GCGUUACGCUUUCCAUUUCCCCUUCCUUUCCUACAAAUAGCGUAAAAGAAGGAAGCUACCUCCCUCACAUGGCACAUUGGAUAGACUGAGGAAAAAAAAUAAAAGUAAGAAGAAAGAACGCGAGAGCGAAGGCAAGGUAAGGUGAGCGGAAGGAAUCGAUCAAUGGCAGGGGGCGAGGGAGAGAGCACGAAGAAGAGGGCGAUGGUGGCCAUCGACGAGAGCGAGUGCAGCCACCACGCCCUGGAUUGGGCCCUCGCCAAUCUCCGCGAUUCCCUCUCCUCCCCUCUCAUCAUUUUCACCGUCCAGCCCCUCCAGAGUAUCAGCAUCCUCGCUGCUGCAUCCUACGGCUCUCCCGCCCCCGAGUUGAUUCGGUCGGUGCAGGAACACCAGCAGAAGGUUUCGGUUGCUCUCUUGGAGAAGGCAAAGGAGAUCUGUUCUGAGCGCGGGGUAGUAGCAGAAACAAUUACAGAGGUGGGAGAUCCUAAAGAAGCCAUAUGCCAAGCAGUUGAAAAGUUUGAUGUCAAUUUGCUUAUUUUGGGUAAUCAGGGUAAAGGAACCUUACAGAGGGCUUUCCUUGGGAGCGUGAGCAACUACUGUGUGCAUAAUGCCAAGUGUCCUGUCCUUGUUGUAAAGAAAUCAGAGUAAAUAUUUCUUCUUUCUGAGUUAAACUUUGAUGUAAUGUCAUGGAGAACUUUCCUCCAGCAUAUUUGAUGGGAAUAAAUCUUCUGUGAUUUGGUAUUUGCCAUUAUCGGCAUGACCAUCCUUAUCAAUGUUUUACAUUGGAUUAAAUUUGAUUCAAUCACAUAGUUUUUCUGUGUUCA